AUGCGCGUCGAGAACUGUCGCGGAGUCUCUCCAGCGGCGGGAGGCGCAGAAGUUCACCCGUGCAGCGGAAGGCAGCCGAGCGGCGAGGCGACGAUCGACGCUCCCCUUCUCGAGGCAGGCUCCGCCAUCGCGAGCGACGCGAUGAACGCAGCAUGCAGCGCUACUCGGUGGAGCGCCGUCUGCGCAGGGAGCAUACACCUGAACGGCGCAGCCCCCCGUAUCGCGAUACUGGUCGUCGACAUCGGGAGCGCUACUCCCCCGACAGACGUGGCGGCUCAGGGAGUCGUUCGCGGAGUCGGGGUAGAUCGUUGCAGAGCGAGCCUCGCCUUUCUUCGCGGAAAUGUUUCUCGCAAGAGAGGCGCUGCUCCCUCCACCUCGGGGGCAGGCGGGAGACUUCCUUCCCCAAGAGGCGGUCGAAAGGAGCAUCGUCGGAGAUCCGAGAGCAGUGGCGGAUCGCGAGGGAGGCAUGUCGCCAGUGCGACGCGGCGCUCCCAGGUGAGCGAAAGAAACCUGCGCAAUCGCGUCUCCACUGGCUCCGCGAGGCUCAGGGAAGAGGAACAAGCCAGCCGUCCCUCACCUCGUCAUGAUCGCGACACACAUCGACGGCGAUCCGUCAGCGCGUCCACGCGCAGAGCUGCCGACACCCCGAAACGGCACUCACAGGAUUCCGCCAGAUCGCCCAGAAGAGUUUUUGGCAGCAGAUCAAGGGAAAGGACGCUGGCAGAGCACGAGAAACACCCCGAAACGCGCGAAUCGCGUUCACGACAGUCCACUGCUUCUCCGUCAGCUGAGCGUCCAACUCCUGAGCUCGUUUCCAACCAUUCAUCUCUCAGUCAUGGGGGGGACAGGAGUGAGGAGCCAGACGUGGCUAGCCAGGCUGUGAGGCGUCAAGAUCAACAGAUCUCGACUGCGGUGGAAGCCUCCACGGCUCACUCCGACGCCAGGGAGUCAGAGACGCCGCAGCGCCUCCGCGGGGGAGAGAAUGCGCAAUUGCGGGAUAAGAGUGAGAGAGAAGAACCCGGAGUCAGGCAGAUGGCUUCAUCGCUUUCGCCUUCGCUGCGGCAUCGAACUUCCGAAGUUGAACAGGACGACGCAAAACUCGAAUCCUCCUCUGCCACCGAGCUCCCUGCACCCGAGCAAGCCAAUUCUGCAGACGCUCUACAUCCCUCUGAAUCAGUCAUGCCACCAGCCGAGCCCGAAGAGGCCGCUGAGAACGGCAGCUCUAAGGGAGAUGCACCGUUCAACAAGGAAGACAGUGCUUCCUUCCAAAAAGAGAGCCACAGCUCUCGACAAGACAGUUCCAAGGGUGACAGCUCCUCGUCGUCACUGAGAGAAGUGCCCAAGGGUCAGACUGACGUUUCCCUUGACGCGGAUGGGAGGACGAGUUCAGUCGGAGAACGAGAGCAUGAAAACAGGGUGGACACCCGUGGAGCAAAUGCUUCGCGUGUUGAUGAACCAAUCAACGCAGGUAAAAGGUCACUUUCAGGCGAAAGCAGUACGCACAGUUCUACUAAAAGAAAUGCUGCAAAGCGCAAGAUUGUGGCCACUGCACCCUCGGAGUCGCGAUUCGUCACGACAGACAUGCACCCAAACUCUAGGGAAUCCCCUUCCAGAACGCGCUAUAGAGACCAACGCCUGCUAUCAGAGAGGGGCGACUUCAUGACCCCCAACGCUAACAGAUUUCAAUGGAAUAGACCUUACCGGCAGAAUCGGUUUGAAAGAGAGGAACGUUCCGAUUUGCCGUCCUCCCCCUUUCCUAGCAAUAGCGGCAGAUCUGUGAGGCUUCUGCCAGGGCGAACGGACAGGAACCUCUCUAUUUCAUUGCAGCACCGUGGCCGUAAUGCAUAUCCAAACGAAUUGCGACAGAUGCAACUGCAUAGUGACGCCUUCCAAAGACCAGGCCAGCAAAACUUACGCCGCUUCCAAACAGCGCCAGUUUCGCCUCAACUCGCUGGAAGCCGAACCAGGAAAACGGUACGGCAGCUCUCGAAAUGCGACACUUAUGCGUUCGCCCAACUCAAUGUAACUAGACAAGUGCUCAUUUCUUGGUGUAUGUCGCGUCUGCAGGUCGGAAUCUUAGGCAGGGGACUACCAGACCGAAACCCUGUAGCAGGGGUCAGCAAUGCGGAUGGAAAAUGGAGUCAUGAUCUCUUUGAACAGCUCUCGAACGAACCAGAACGGAAGCGUCGCAGGUUUAAUCUCUAUGGAGAAACGCUCGAAAAGGUAGACGACUGA